UGGCUCAGGCCGGGAGAGGGGCGGGGACUGAAGUUCCAGCAGAAGUCCCCUGGGAAAGACAUGACCCAGUGACAUGAUGCAGACAGAGCAAGGGCAGCCUGUGAUGGAGAUACUCUCAGCAUCUCCAUCCUCCCGAGGGGGACGCCGGGGCCCCGAAUGACUGAGUGAGUUGUCGGAGCUGCCACCAGGACCACCAGGACUGGCCCGGCCUCGGGGUGCAGCAUGCCUCUGUGCCAGUGGGGGGCCACUGCCCGCAGCAGCAGGGCAUCUGGGGACGGAGCUCAGCCCGUGGGCACAGGGGGCGGUUUGCGUGUACUUCUGCACUGGGCCGGGCCAGACGGCGGGGAGCCCUGGGUCACCUUCAGCGAAGGCUCGCUGACAGCCGAGGACGUCUGUCUCCGCAUCGCACACAGACUCGGCAUCACUCCCUCCUGCUUCAAUCUGUUCGCCCUCUUCAAUGCCCAGGCCCACAUCUGGCUGCCCCCAAGCCACAUCCUGGAGGUCCCCAGAGACAGCAGCCUCAUCCUGUACUUCCGUAUGAGGUUUUAUUUCCGGAACUGGCAUGGCAUGAAUGCUCAGGAACAGACUGUGUACCGCUGCGGGCCCCCCGGGUCCCAGGCUUCCUCCCAUCCAGCAGAGGGGGGACUGCAGUUCCUAGACCCAGCCUCCUUUGAGUACAUCUUUGAGCAGGGCAAGCACGAGUUCGUGAAUGACGUGGUCUCCCUGUGGGAGCUGUCCAGCGAGGAGCAGAUCCGCCACUUCAAGAAUGAGAGCCUGGGCAUGGCUUUCCUGCACCUCUGCCACCUGGCGCUCUGCCUCGGUGUCCCCCUGGAGGAGGUGGCCAAGAAGACCAGCUUCAAGGACUGCAUCCCGCGCUCCUUCCGGCGCCACAUCCGGCAGCGCAGCGCGCUGACCCGGCUGCGCCUGCACAACAUCUUCCGCCGGUUCCUGCGAGCCUUCCAGCCGGGCAGCCUCUCCCAGCAGCUCGUCAUGGUCAAGUACCUGGCCACGCUCGAGCAGCUGGCGCCCCGCUUUGCCGCGGAGCACGUGCCCGUGUGCCACCUGGAGCUGCUGGCCCAGGCUGAGGGGGAGCCCAGCUGCACCCUGAGCCCUGGACAGCCCCCUGGGGACCCGGGUCCUGAGCCUGCCACCGGACCCCCUUCCCACGAAUUGCUGGUGACGGGCACUGAGGGCAUUCAGUGGCGGCCAGUACAGGCAGAGGGUUCUGGUUGCAGCAGGAAUCCACCAGCCAGCCCUGCCCGGAAGAAAGGCGAGGCCCAAGAGGUGGGUGAGCGGCCAGCACCCUGGGCCUCCUUCUGCAACUUCCAGGACAUCAGCCACCUUGUGGUGAAGGAACAACGUGUCAGCAUUUGCCGGCAGGACAACACACGCCUGGAGCUGACCCUGCCUUCCAGGGCUGAGGCCCUGUCCUUGGUGUCCCUGGUGGAUGGCUACUUUCGCCUGACAGUCGACUCCAGCCACUACCUGUGCCACGAGGUGGCUCCUCCCCGGCUGGUGAUGAAUAUCCAGAAUGGUAUCCAUGGCCCCCUGCUGGAUCCCUUUGUGCUGGCCAAGCUCCGGCCUGAGGACGGUCACUACCUCAUCCACUGGAGCACCAGGCACCUCUACCGCCUGAUCCUCACAGUGGCCCAGCGAGAGCAGGCACCCAGCUCCAGAAGCGUGCACCUGCGGAAGUUCACAGUGGAGCAGCAGGCUGGAGCCUUCACACUGGAGGGCUGGGACCGAACCUUCCCCAGCAUUGGGGCGCUGCGGGCCACCCUACAAGACUGCUCCCUGCGUGCCGGGGACCACUGCUUCUCUCUGCGCCACUGCUGCCUGCCCAGGCCAGGAGAGCUCUCCAACCUUAUCAUAAUGCGGGGCCCUCAGGCUAAUGCCCGGCCACUCAACAUCGGCCAGCUCAGCUUCUACCGGGUACACCCGGACCAUAUCACCCAGCUUGCCCACUUGGGCCAGGGCACGAGGACCAACGUGUAUGAGGGCCUCCUGCGUGUGGGGGGCGGGUCCCCCGAGGAGGACCAGGAGCACGGGGGUGCCCAGGAGCUCCGAGUGGUGCUCAAGGUGCUGGAGCCCCAGCACCACGACGUGGCCUUGGCCUUCUAUGAGAUCGCCAGCCUCAUGAGCCAGGUCUCCCACACACACCUGGCCUUUGUGCAUGGUGUCUGCGUGCAAGGCUCUGAGAACAUCCUGGUGACCGAGUACGUGGAGCAUGGCCCCCUGGACGUGUGGCUGCGGCGGGAGAGGGGCCGUGUGCCUGUGGCCUGGAAGGUGGCAGUGGCCCAGCAGCUGGCCAGCGCCCUCAGCUACCUGGAGGACAAGCACCUGGUUCAUGGCAGCGUGUGUGGCCGGCAUAUCCUGCUGGCUCGGCCUGGCCUGGUGGAGGGCAGCAGCCCCUUCAUCAAGCUGAGCGACCCCGGCGUGGGCCUGGCCGUCCUCUCCAGAGAGGAGCGGGUGGAGCGGAUCCCCUGGCUGGCCCCAGAGUGUCUACCUGGUGGGGCUCCCAGCCUGAGCCCCGCGGUCGACAAGUGGGGCUUCGGUGCCACCCUGCUGGAGAUCUGCUUUGACGGCGAGGCCCCCCUGCAGGGCCGCAGCCCCUCUGAGAAAGAGCGCUUCUACCAGAAGCGGCAGCAGCUGCCCGAGCCCGCAAGCCCGGAGCUGGCCACCCUCACCAGGCAGUGCCUGACGUACAAUCCAGCCCAGCGGCCCUCCUUCCGCACCGUCCUGCGAGACCUCACGCAGCUGCAGCCCCACAAUCUUUCUGACAUCAUGGCUGUGAGCCCCAACUCGCUGGCAACCGACCCCACCGUUUUCCACAAGCGCUAUUUGAAAAAAAUCCGGGAUCUGGGCGAGGGCCACUUCGGUAAGGUUACCUUGUACUGCUACGACCCAACCAACGACGGCACCGGCGAGAUGGUCGCCGUGAAGGCCCUGAAGGCGGGCAGCGGCCCCCAGCUCCGCGCCGGCUGGAGACGCGAGAUCGACAUUCUGCGCACGCUCUACCACGAGCACGUGGUCAAGUACAAGGGCUGCUGCGAAGACCCAGGCGAGAAGUCCAUGCAGCUGGUCAUGGAGUAUGUGCCUCUGGGCAGCCUCCGGGACUACCUGCCCCGGCACCACGUGGGCCUGGCCCACCUGCUACUCUUCGCCCGGCAGAUCUGCGAGGGCAUGGCCUACCUGCACACGCAGCACUACAUCCACCGAGACCUGGCCGCGCGCAACGUACUGCUGGACCAUGGCAGGCUGGUCAAGAUCGGGGAUUUUGGCCUGGCCAAAGCCGUCCCAGAAGGCCACGAUUACUACCGCGUGCGCGAGGAUGGGGACAGCCCUGCGUUCUGGUAUGCCCCCGAGUGCCUGAAGGAGUCCAAGUUCUACUAUGCGUCUGACGUGUGGUCCUUCGGGGUCACCCUGUAUGAGCUGCUGACACGCUGUGACUCCAGCCAGAGCCCCCCUUCGAAAUUCAUGGAACUCAUUGGCUUCAACCCGGGUCAGAUGACGGUGCUGAGGCUCACGGAGUUACUAGAACAAGGAGAGCGGUUGCCUCGACCAGAGGCAUGUCCCUGUGAGAUCUAUCACCUCAUGAAGCACUGCUGGGAAGAGGAGGCCUCCUUCCGCCCGACCUUCCAGAACCUCAUCCCCAUCCUCAACACUGUUCAGGAGAAAUACCAAGGCCAGGCCCCCUCCGUGUUCAACCUGUGCUGAAGCCCCUUGGCGGCUCUGUCUCAGGAGGUGGGACCACCGCACCUACCCCUGUGCUGUACUCCUUUCUGGAGACCCUGGCCGUAGGGACUCCCCUGCCUUGGCCCUGAGCCUGACACGGGUCUCGGACCUAAGAAGGAAGGACAGGGGCGUUGUUCAAGCCCUUGAAAUCAAUCCUCUUGCCUUCUUCCCAUUCCCACCCAGCUGACUCAGAAACCCCUCUUUUCUCUGCUGGAGGCUCGGGCCCGGGAACCCUGGUUUCAGCCAGAAGGGCUGGCUGAGGGCUGCUCUCUUGAGGACGGCAGCCAGCAGGAGGCACUGACCGAGGCAGCUGGAUUGCUGUUACACCUUAACUUGCCUCGGGAAAACCAGCCACCACUGAGGCCCUCAGAUACCACUGUGGAGUGCACAUCCUGGGGCUCCACAUCCCCUGUAGAUCCGACUCACAAGCGUUAUCCUGCCUCCCUCUGUGGCCUCCAGUGAAUAGCUUCCUCUUUCUAGCCUCCAUCCUCAUCUAGUAAAUGGGGACCUUCCUGUUUGCUACCUUAAGGGCCGGAUGUAAAGCACUAACGAGGUCACGUGUGUACAAUGCUUAGCAAGCGAUUGCAAACCGGAAGUGCUCAAUAAACACUCCAGGUUCUUAUCCUGGUGGUGGUUGCCAACACGCCGCCACCUAAUUGGCCGGAACUGGAGCGGCCGAUGUCAUCAGACGUGUGAAAAGCAGGCAGUGCCACCAUUCUCCCCCCCGUGGCAUCCCUGGAGACCGCUGCGUAGUGCGCCCCUUCUCACCAGACUCACUACUUUAAUGGCAGCUACUGUUUAAUGAGUUUCCAAAAUGAACUUUUUACCAUACUUUUUUUUUUUUUUAGAGCCAAACCUCCUUUUGAGGCAGUUUGAGUUCAGUGGUAGACUCCUCCCCCUUCAUGCAGGCGACCUAAGUUCAGUCCCCAUCCAGGGCACCAGGCACAGCCACCACCACCCCUAACUGCCUGUCCCUGGAAGCUUUCGGGUGGCUAAGAUGCUGAACAAGUGCCUGUGGAGCUUCUUGGCUAAACAUGGACGAGGAAGAAAGGCCGGGUGAUCAACUUUCCUGGAAGCCCACCAAUAAAAACCUCGUGGAUCGUA